CUUCUCUGUGUGCCCUACGCAGAAACAUUUAAAAACAGAUAUCCUCAGUGAUGUGUGUCACUUAUCUUCAGUAGCUGAACUGUGCUGUGGUAUCACCAUGUUUAUCCGCUGUGAACUGGCAAUACUGAUACUUGCACUGACUCUUGAUGGCCAAGUUCAUACAGGGGAGAUCAUUGGAGGCCACGUAGCUGCGCCACAUAGCAGGCCAUACAUGGCAAUUUUGGAGAGCACUAGGCAAAAUGGUUUGAAAGCAAUCUGCGGUGGUUUCCUUCUGAAUGAGGACUUUGUGAUGACUGCAGCCCACUGCAACCCCUCCAAAGUCUUACUGGGAGUUCACGAUUACCAUAAGAGUAAUGAAAUGCAGCGUAUAGAAGUGAAAAAGAAAUUUCGACACACAGACUACGAUGCAAAGACUUUGAACAAUGACAUAAUGCUUCUUAAGUUGGAGUCCAGGGUGAAUCUCACUAAAAAUGUGCAACCCAUCACGUUCGCAAGCCAUGAUAAUGGCUCUCUACCAGUAUCAUGUACAGUGGCUGGCUGGGGAUAUACAAUCAAGAACAAGAAAACUUUCUCUACUGUGCUCAUGGAAGCCAAUGUUACACUCACUGACGAUGAGCAGAGCAACGAUUGUCAGAAGAACAGCACGUACUGUUCUAAGGCAGAAACUGGACCAACCCAUGGAGACUCUGGUGGUCCAUUGGUCUGUGAAGAAGGAGAGGCAUACGGAGUGGUGUCUGGCGGAAACGACGAAAUCAUCGUUUACACCAAGAUUGCUGCAUACACAAGCUGGAUCAAGUCAACUAUGGAGCAUCAUCAUGACUGAUCUAAUUGCAACAGUUAUUGUUUGGACGACAAUGAGGCUUGCUUGCUUUACACAGCAUUAAUGAAAAUAUCUUUACUUUGAUGUUACAAGUGGAAUUCUUGUUUUAGAAAGUUAAGUCGCCUGAAAAGAGUGAUAUGAUUUGAUUUUUUUUGUGCGUGUGUGUGUACACAUAAAUUAGUUAUGGCUUAAAAUCAGAAAUGUAAGUAUAGAUUUAACGCAGCUUAAUAGGUUUGAUAUAUGUGAUAAUAAAUACUAUACACAAAAAAAGAUCAAAAUGCAGGACUUAUGCAUUUCAAUUACAUAGAAAAUGUUGAAUUACAUAGGUUUAAUAUAAAUUAACUAAUAAACUUAAUGUACUUCCACUAAACAGUAGUGUAGUAGUAGCCAGGUUUAUGCAUUCAAUAUUAAUAAAGCCAAUGUGUACUAUUACAUAAAUCUUAUUAUUUGCUUCAGAUAAAGUUUGUUCAUUUAUUUUUAUUAAAACCAUAUAAAACAAAUGGGUAAAAAUGUUCUAUGUAAUUGAAAUGCAUAAGUGCCCGAAAUGUUUUUUUGAGUUCCCGUUAUCCUGCUCUUAUACAUGAUAUUAUAUGCAUUAAAAUAUAUAAAUAUAUAUAAUACUGCUUUAUGCAUCAUCGCUCAGAUAUAAUAAAAUGAGAGCACAUGAUCUUCUAAGUUUGUUUUGUACCAUCUUUUCAAACAAUAAACA